AUGGAUCAGGCAACAAGCAGAAGUUACUUAUCGGAAACCAUGCUGGGGAGCGAAACCCCGAUAGUAUAUUCUUCAUUACAAGAGUGCAGUCACUGUGACGGUGGUGGUAACAUACGUCGUGGGAGCUUUAAUGGGGAUGGUAUCAACGAUAGACAGUACAUGGGCACGCCUCCGUGUCACUACUGCUUCUGUAUAAGCACAUCGCAAUCUCAAGGGUUUUCUUGGAACCAGGAUUUGUUUGCAUCACAGUACCAGCAAAGUUUCAAAGUGGAAUACGACGGUCAUGAGGAUUCAAUAGAUAAGUUGAUAGAUAUGAGUUCUAACAAGUUCACACAGAGUCACCUGUAUUGGGGGAGACGUUCAAGACGCACGUCAGAUAACUGUGUAAGUCUGGUAGCAGACUCUAGAAAUGGUGUUCAUCACAAGACUACGUGGGAAACGAUUGAUUUGGAGAAUGAACCGGAUACUCCGGAAAACAUUCACUUAAAGUGGCUAAUAAAUCAAACGUCUUCGUAA